AUGCCAGAUGCUUACCGAAUCCUCGGACUGGACGAGGUGGGGACGAUCCGUCGCCUCCACAGCCGGCUUGUCCCAGGUGAGGCCCACGCUGCGCUCAUCUCGGUGGGAGACUACAUCAAAAAUUCCUAUGAGAGGACCAUAUUUCAAGAGUACCUGGUUUAUUUCCAAAGGCGCGGAUACACCCUGGGACCAUUCAGAAACGCAGCACAGCACAAACCGCCGAGUUCAGGAGCACACCUCCCGCCACUAUGGGGACUCCACAGGAAUCAUCAUGAAGGGAAACCUCUCAACCAAUGCGGAAUACUUAUUGGAGUGAGCUGUUCCGAUGACGCCGUCCUUGACGAUAUGGGUAACGCUGAGACGGAAGUUCCCAACAGCGCUAUACCACCUAUGGACGUUGUCUUCAGUGUCGAUCGACUUAUGCUUUAUCAUAGAGAUCUCAGCAAACCUCUUGGGACCUCCGUCUGA